AUGGAGCACGCGUACGUGAGACCGGAGGGGUUUGAGCUGCCGGGGUUUGAGAUGGUGGUCUUGGAGCCGCCGUCUGAAGGGUUGGGUGAGAGGGAAGGUGCUGCUGCUGCUACUGCUGCUGAGGUCUGCGUCCGGUUCAGGUGGAGGGAAGUCGUGACGGUGUUGUUGAGGCAGCUGGAGCGGGGAGUGGAUGAUGAGGAAAGAUGGCUUGUGGAGGGGUGGAGGGAGAGGGAUAGAGAGUAUUGGAAGAAACAUGUCAUAUACAGGUACGCACCCGUUUGA